AACCGAAAACAGUCCAUACUGAUUUGUUCCCCGUGAACGAGCCAUGAAUGUGAGUCGGUGAUGAUUUCGGUUUCCUAGGGGCCUAGCCCAUCAUUAGCACACGGCCCGACGACACCUUCCGCGGGUUGUAAAACUUGGAAAGGCCCACGUGAACGCACCGUGGGCAGCGUUCCGUCCCCGCCCCAUGCGAUGCCGGAAACGAACCAAACGAGAAAGUAGAAACCACUAAACCACCAGUUCUUGCCGUUUUCGACCCCAGCCGUUAAAAGCGCCACGCGUGACGCGCCCACGCCGCCUUCCACAUGGCCUCAAACCAAACGAACCAAACCCUACGUAGCGAGCACACCGCGGGCGGCGGCAUAAGCAUGGGGAGCGUCGCGCCCGCCGAACUGGUCCUGAAGGCGGCGUGCGAGCGCUGCGGUGCAGCGUCGGGACUCUACGCGACGUCGUGCCGGCACACCACGCUCUGCUCCGACUGUGGCAUGACCUUGGCGCUCGCCCGCGGGCGUUGCACCGUGUGCAGCGCCCCCGUUACCAGGCUCAUCCGGGAGUACGAUGUCCGGGUGGAUACCUCCGCGGAGAAGGAGAAGACCCACUACAUCGGCAGGUUCACCACCGGCUUGCCGCCCUUAUCGAAUGAGAGGAGCGCAGGGAAUAGAUGGACUCUUCGCAAGGAUGUCCCCCAUGGACAGCAGCUUACUGGGAAUAUGCGGGACAAGCACUACAGCAAGAUGCCAUGGAUUCUGGAGGAUGAGACGGGGGAACAUCAGUAUCAGGGCCAAACUGAGGAUCCACCUGCCACAUACUAUUCGCUUACGCAAAAAGGCAAUGACAUGAUUGCUGUUCAAGUUGGUUCCUGGUACAACUUCAGUAAAAUUGCACAGUACAAACAGCUGACCUUGGAAGAAGCUGAAGAGAAAAUGAAUAGAAGGAGAAGCAGUGCAUCUGGGUAUGAACGAUGGAUGAUGAAGGCAGCUACAAAUGGACCUGAUGCCUUUAGUUCAGUUGUGAAGAGGCUUGAUGAUGUAAAUAGAGGGGCAACAAACGGUGUUCACCCCAAGAAAGGAGAUAGGAAUGAGAAUGGAAAUCAAUCUGACAAAGUUGAUGACAAAGAAGAAGAGGGAGCUGCAAGGAAAAACAGGCUUGGGCUUACUAUGAAGGACAUGGGCGAGGAUUAUGAGGAUAGUGGAAACGACAUAGAAUUUGAUUUGGAUGAUGAAAUUGAGAAAGGUGAUGAUUGGGAGCACGAGGAGAUCUUCACUGAUGAUGAUGAGGUUGUGGAUGUUGAUAUAGAGCAAAGACCUGAGUUAGCUGAUCCUGAGGCUGCUCCUCCUGAAAUUAAACAGGAUGACAACGAGGAUGAACUAGGCUGCAGUGACAACUUGAGCAAGUCCGGCCAGGAGCUAAAGAGGCUGCUCCGCCGAGCUGCUGGGGAAAAUGAGUCUGAUGUUGACGACAAAAGCACAUAUGAAGAUGACCUACCCUCGCCAAAACCUGCUCCAAAACUUGUACCCAAAAGUGAACCAGAUGAUAGCAGCCCUGCUAAACCAACACCAUCAGGGCACGCUCAGAGCGCUACACCUUCAUCCAAAUCCACUCAAAAGAGGAAAUCAGGGGGUGGUGAUGCAAAUAUUUCUAAUGGUGCACCCUCGAAAAAGAUAAAGAUGGAACAUGAAACCGGAACAUUGGCUGUCAAGGAUGAAAAUCCGUCUUAUUUGGAACCAACUUCGAAAGCAUCUCUUUCAGCAAGAAGAGAAUCAUCACCCAUUACAGAGGAAGAAGUCAGGACAGUACUUCGUGCAAUUUCACCCACGACAAGCCAAGAUCUGGUGUCGAGGUUCAAGACUCGUCUAAUAACUCAAGAGGACAAGAAAGCAUUUUUGGGCAUUGUGACGAAAAUAUCUCGCAUACUUAAGCACAACGGCGGUAGGUAUAUCGUUCUUCGGCACGAACAUAUGUGAACAGACAAAUUACUCUACCUGUAUAGUGCAACAGAUUCUUUAAUGCCACAAGGCAACAGCAUGAGUUUUUCCCCCUAGCUUAGAGCUUAGGGUUUAGGUAUUAGGUAUAUUGGGUACUGGCAACCAAGAUGCUCAGCAAGAGGCCUCUGCAGUUUUUCUCCCUUAUAAUGUACUUCCUGAGAGCUGAGAAUGAAAUGAGAAAACGAGAAUGGAAUCUAUGGUAGAUUCUUAUAAUCCAA